AUGUUCGAACAAUCACAACACAGUUCUUCUAUAACUCCUUCAUUGUCUGAUAAUAGCAUUUCUGGGAUGACUAAUAAUUCAAUGCUAAAUUCACAAACAUUGGAAGAGUAUUGUUGGUAUUGGGGUGCAGCAACUAAAGAAGAAAUUAGUGCUGCGAUGGAAAAUCAACAAAAUGGUACCUUUGCUGUACGAGAUGCUUCAACAAAAGGGCAAUAUACUUUAACUUUGCGUAUUGAUGGAACCAACAAACUUAUCAAAAUUCUUGUAGAAAAUGGCAGAUGUGGAUUUACUCAAGAUUCUAUGGAUUUUGAUUCUAUGGCCAGUCUUGUUCAAUUUUAUCAAACUUGCUCUUUACGAGAUUUCAAUGAAAAACUUGAUACUUGUUUGCUCUAUCCACUUAAAUCGCCACAAUCAUUAACUUGUCAGAAUUCAUUGAAGUCAGAUUCAACGAUAGAUCCCUCUUAUCGUGUCAGUUUACUUAAAUGUACAUUUGAGGCUAUUCAUGCUGAAUAUGAUCGUGUUUCUAGACGUUAUGAUCAGUUAUUUAAUCAGCAAUUAGCGUUAAAUGAAGAGUACAAUCGGAAACAACGUACAGAAUCUGCCUACGCCGAUGCUUUGAAAAUAUUUGAACGGAAAAUUGCUGAAUUGAAAACGAUGGAAGAAAUUGGAAAAGCCCAAAAUUUAAUGAGGGCAGCAAUUCAAAAUAUAGGGCUUUCUCUUCAAAAAAUUAAUGAAGAACUUGGAAGAUUAAAACCUUUACUGCUUAAAUUACACAAGUUUACAUUUAUUUUUAGUUAUUUUUAUAUUGUUUUUUUCAGAAAAUGUGAAAAAUAUCGAGAUAAACUUCUUGAAAUGUCCAAACAGAAAGUUACACACGCCCAACUGGAUAGAGUUGUCCAAAGUGUUUCUCUUGCGGAUGAAUCAAUAGCACUUAUUCGUUCUCUAAUGAAUGAUUUUGACAAUUCAAAUGCUUCAUCAGAUGGUAUUUUCCUCAUUAGGCCAAGUAGUUCGCGCAUUGGUUUUUACGCUUUAGAAAUAUCAAAAGACGGAAAUGUGCAUUCCUGUUUGAUUGAGUAUCGUGAUCCUAGAACAACAAUUGACCAUUCUGGUGGUUAUGGCUUUGCACAAACACAAAUGCUUUUUGCUUCACUGAUGGAUUUUGUUCGGUAUUAUUCUGCUGUUCCAUUAAAAGAGCAUAAUUCUGUUUUAGACACUCCUCUAAUAACGCCAGCUCUGAGUCAAUUAAAACAAAGAAAAGAGAAGAACAAUUCUAAUACAUCCAAUACCGACCACCAACGUGAUAAAGCAAAAUUAAAAAGGAUUGAAGCAAUCGAUGACGCGACAGAGUUGAGUACGAGUAGAGAUGAUGAGAGGAGUAAGGAGAAAAUACUUGGCACUUUUGCAAGAUUUAAACAAUUAAACUACUGUUUGAAAGACAUUCGUGUUCGAGUCUCUUUGUUCGCUUAUUUACUUCCAAAUUGUUUUAUUCCAAUAUUUGAACGAUACAAUUCAAAUAUAUUUAUAUCUUUUAUUCUUAUUGCAAUUUUGGGAUUUAUCUGUGUUGUUUUAAUUAAAACUAGUCGUCAACGAUGGAUGUAUUCUUCUCAAGCAUUUCUGCUUGGCACUGUUAAUGCCUGGGCAAUUAAAUUUAGUGUUGAUGCAUUCGAAAAGGGGCGGACUGAUGUGAUCACUUUUUGUCUAUAUGUUAUUUUGUUUGGCCUUUUUCAUUUUAGCGAAUUUCUCAUGACAGCAUAUUCUAAUCCUGAUUCACUUCGGCCUGAUUCUUUUCUUCUAAAUCAUUCUUGGGCUUAUUGGACAGCAGCAAUGUGCUCGUGGAUUGAAUUUUGGACUCGUUUAUGGAUACUUCCCACAUUCUACUCUCCGUUUGUUUCUCUUGCCGGGUUGAUUCUUUGCAUACUGGGUGAAAUCUUUCGAAAAUUGGCUAUGUGUCAUGCUUCUGUUGGCUUUACACAUCAGAUAUCAUUUCGUCGGAGCAGGAAUCACAGUCUUUGCACAGAUGGUGUUUAUGCGUUAGUCCGGCAUCCAGGUUAUAUGGGUUGGAUGAUGUGGUCAAUUGGUACUCAAUUAGUCCUUUGCAACCCAAUUUGUGUAAUUUCUUAUGCUAUUGUGUCUUAUCGAUUUUUCGAAGAACGGAUAUAUGAGGAAGAACGUUAUCUUAUUGAGUUUUUUGCUGAGCGUUAUAUUGCCUAUCAACGUUUUGUGCCAACAGGAAUUCCCGGUAUUAGUGGAUAUGAGCCUACCAACUAAUAUUGUUUUAUUGACUUUUGUAUGGAAAAUAUUAAU